AUGCAUCCUAUAUACAUAUUUUUAAAAGAAAAGUACCCUAGAAAAGGUCUUAUAGUUAUAUACCCUAGAAAAGGUCUUAUAGUUAUAUUAUACUUUAUAGAAGAAGAAGGAGAUCCUUCUAAAAUAUCUAUAAUAGUCCUAAGUUAUACUAUAACUUCUAUAGACUCUAAGAGCUACUUAGGCGUUAUAGACAGUUAUAAUAUUCCUUUUAGUAGAGUUAUAAAAGAAAUUAAAGAAUUAAAUACUACAGAAAAAGAAAAAGUCUUAAAGAUAAAUACUAUAGGAGACUUAAGCUUAUUUACCUUCUUAGCUAAAGAUUUAUUUAAGCCUAGAGAAGGACCUAUAGAAAACAAAGUAAAUCCUUUAGAGUAG